AUGUUUAGUGAAAAUAUAAAUCAAAAUUUGUUUGAAGAAAUUCAAAGGUUAGUAAGUAAAGAAAUUCGACAAGAGGCAACAAGGAAACGAACUGAUAACAAUGCCAAAAAGAUUUAUUUCAUUAGCAAAAAUGAUAUCUUUGGUUCAAAAAAUUCCAAUGACUCAGAAAAAAAAGAACCUCUUUAUGAUAAUCGUUAUUUAAGCAAAAUAUAUGAAGAUGUCUGCAUUGCCAUUCGCAGUUACGAGUCAAAUGACGAAUUUUCUUCCAAACACUUUGUUGCGAUAUUAAGCAUAGCUUUUGCUCCAUUCGUAGAAAAUAACUAUCUAUCAAAUAGACCAUAUAAAUUCAAGUUUAAAUUAAAGAACACCACCACUGAAGCGGUAUAUAACUUUAAGGAUAAUUCAAUUGAAAAACAAUCAGACAAAGAAGUAGAAAAUCAGUAUGGUAUUGAUUUAAAAAAACAACCAAGUGCUUUAAAAAUUAUUCUUUGUGUAAUAGAAGCAAGCAGAGAAUACAUUGAACUAUUGACAAGUUGCUGGAUUAAUCCAAAAAGUUAUGAUAAAAGGUCUGUAAUUACAACUGCAGCAGCAAAUCUUAUACUUAACCUUGAAGACAAAUUAAAUAAAAUAUUACACUUAAUAAGCAAAUCAGUGAAUGGAAGAAUUAUAAAUGAUUAUCUUGAUAUUCCAAAACAUUUACUUUUCGCUUCUACACUUGUUGAAUAUGGUGAGAAUUUAUCAAAGGAAAAAAUGAGCCAAUUUAAUGAUUAUGUUGAUUAUGCUAAAAAACAGAAAUCAUCCAAGAAACCAAGGAAAUUUUUUAACGAUUAUGAAGAGUUUAAAGAUAAUGACCUAAAAAACCGAAGUUCAGCAUAUGGAAAACUUAAAUCAGAUGCGAUAAAAUCAAUUAAUUCUCUAAGAUCACUUCCAAGUAUUAUAAACUUAUCUAUAUUUAAGAUAAAAAUUUCCAAAGGCACUUUGACUGAAGAACUUGCAAGAAUGCAG